GUCGUGUGAAGGAGAGCGCGAUCCAGUUUGGAGGUCAAUCACUUUUAUUCCUUGUAUCUCAGUCUUCCGGAUCGUGUCAAACUUUCUUCCAGGAUUUUGGCCAAUUUCUCUGUCUGCUAGGAUAUGAGUUCACAGAAAGGUAACACUCAGCGCACACGACCUCAGAAAUAUAAGAAUACUAAGGCUUUUAAAAACAACUUGCAUGAUACGUCUAAAGAGGUCAAACGUCUCAACAAUCUGACGUUCGACUUUUUGUGUCCUAGAUGUACAGGUGUUGUGCAAUGGAGAGUCAAAUACAAAAAGUAUCAUCAAUUAGCAAACCCUAGAGUUUGUGUGAAGUGUAACGGGAAGACUGUAAAGCAAGCCUACCAUACAAUCUGUACAGAUUGUUCAAGUGCUUUGAAAAUCUGCUCUAAGUGUGGAAAAUCGGAUGGAUCGAUUACCUUCGGUGCUACAGAAAAUCAAGAAGAGAUUAACCAACAAUUUAUUGAUGCUUUGAAAAAUGUUCGUGAGAGAGAACGCCGUGCUCUUCUCCGUUUGACGCAGUCCAAUAAAAAACCAAUUGAGUCAGGUAAUAUUAACGCUGACGAAGAAUUUCAUCUAAACAGUCUGAAUAAAUUAAUUGUGAAGGAACUAUCGGAUAUCAAAUUUGAUGAGGACAAAUAUGAAUCAGAUGAUUAUAAAUCUAGUUAGCGAGAUUGCAUUAAAAUAUACUUGUAAAUUUCAUAAAGCAGAUUAUUUCCAA